ACGUUACGCUCUCCUAUGGUAAAAGCAAAGAGGUUAGAAGAUCUCUACCCACGACAGAGCUGCCUAAUAGCACAUCCGGGUGAGCAGAAACAGAGGUCGUGUGGAGGGAUGUUCAACAGAAACAUGUUUUUGCGAAGGGUCUUACAAUGUGGUGUUUCUGCACUCAAAGGAAGUCGGUCCAUUCAUCAGAGUGCGACAUGGAGAAGUCCACUCAUACCUAUCGUUGUGGAGCAGACGGGUCGAGGAGAGCGUGCCUAUGACAUUUACUCAAGGCUACUGAGAGAGAGAAUCAUCUGUGUGAUGGGCCCAAUUGACGACUCUGUGGCCUCUUUGGUUAUCGCUCAGCUGCUUUUUCUCCAGUCAGAGAGCAAUAAUAAGCCUAUUCACAUGUACAUCAACAGUCCUGGUGGUGUAGUUACAGCUGGACUUGCGAUCUAUGACACUAUGCAGUACAUCUUAAAUCCCAUUUCUACCUGGUGUGUGGGCCAGGCUGCCAGUAUGGGCAGUCUGCUUCUGGCUGCAGGAACUGCAGGAAUGAGGCAUUCUUUGCCUAAUGCCCGAAUUAUGGUGCACCAGCCCUCCGGAGGUGCAAGGGGGCAAGCAACAGAUAUUGCCAUCCAGGCAGAGGAAAUUCUUAAGCUGAAAAGACAGAUCAACAACAUCUAUUCCAAACACACAGGACAGCCUUUGGAGACUAUAGAGGGUGUGAUGGAGAGAGAUCGAUACAUGAGUCCGAUGGAAGCACAGGAUUUCGGGAUAAUUGACAAGGUCUUGGUUCAUCCUCCACAGGCUGGGCAAGAUGAGCCAGAACUUCUUCAAAAAGAACCCACCAGCCCUGGAAGCACCUCCACUUCCCCUCAACCUCAGGUCUCUGAGACUGGCCAGCCUGGCAGCAACCCUCCCUCCUCCUACAAACCUGGACCCUGA